AUGUUCUUAUAUUUCCUUCUUUUUUUAUUCACGUUAACUUAUAUUAAUAAUACAUUAAAUAUUAAAAAGAAAGCACCCCCACUCUUUAAAUUUCCACAUUUUAUUGAUACUUAUAUAAUAUAUAAUAAUAGUAAUAAGAGACGACGGAUAAGAAAUUUGCCUCAUUUUGCAAGGAAAGAAACGAAUCGUCAUGUUAUUUAUAGAAAAAGGUUUGAGAGAGAUUUGAAGCAUGCAUUACAAUCUAUAUUUUAUAAACAAGGUAUUAAAUUAAAUUAUAAAUAUCAUAUCGAUGAAGAUAUUAUUGAGGGAAUAAGUGUAUAUAAGGUUGAAUUAAAUGCAGAUUGUUCUGUAGCUAAAGUUUUUGUGGAAAUUAUGGGAGAUUCCAUAGACGCAAGGCAGGGUUAUAUUUGGAUAAAACGAAAUACCAAAGAUAUUCGAUACAAAUUAGCUCAACUAAUUAAAGAGAGAAAACGAGUUCCUUUUCUCAACUUUGUUUUAUGUAACUUAAGUGAACAAACACAAUUACUUUGUGAGAUGGAAAAUAUAAAAGAAUAUUAUUCGGACUUAUUUAAGGAUGAAUUAACAAACGACACAGAAGAAUAG